AUGUACAACAACCAGGCCGACUCAGUCCUCUUCGAGACCCCCGGCGAGAUCCGAGAGGUCAUUUAUUCCUUCGUUCUGACCUUCCGCUAUGGCGACUUCGAGUUCAGCAGCAGGCCGUUCUUCGUGUUCUGGGGGGAGCGCAAGUUCUCCAGACCACUGCCCGCGCUGAUGCUGACCUGCAAGCGAGCAUACGCCGAGCUACAGGCCAGGGUCCACGAGGAGGCUAUCCUGCGGGCGUGCAUGUUUGAACACGGCAAGAGGAUCGGGCUCGCCGUGCGUGGGAGCCUGAGGAUACCCCGGCUGCGAAGGCUCGUGUUCCAUGUGGCAAUGGAGCACGCCAACUGGAACACCUGGAUCAAAUUCUUUGGUCAUGUCUUGGAAUCUGCGGAAGGGCUGAGGGAGUUGGUGAUUGACUGGGAGCCGAGGAGAUCCCCUUCGACAACGCGGGUUGGUUUUAUGGCCCAGCACGAGGACAGGAUGGAGAAGCGAUUGUUCGAGGCGGUUGCGGGGGCUCGGCACCUCGAGAGUCUGAGGAUUCAUGGCGACAUCCCGGCGCAUUGGGCCAAGGAGCUCGAGCAGAUGCUGGACGGAAGCGUCAAGAUGACAGGGACUUCAGGAAUGGACCUGAGCCCCUCGGCGUUGAGAGGCGGCGACGAUGCAAUAUUUUGUAUUUUCGAGACCAUUCUCCACAUCACAUGUGAUUUCUAUUCCGAUGCUGUGGCUCGAGCUUCGAACCUUGAGAGGAUCUCCGGUCAGACGCACAAUCACAGUAGGCCACGGCUCAUGGGCUGA